AUGGAUCUCGGUCGUCCGCAGCGUGGCGUACACGAGGAUACGACGUCGCUGAUCAAAGCGCAUCGUAGUGAGGUGGGAGAGUAUGAGCCUUCUCUUACAUCACAAUACGUCGACGAGGCUGGAGAAGAUGGAGACCCUUAUGGCCACACACGUGCGAAAGCCCAACCUUUGGAACGAAAAUCUACGCUGACUGUUGCGCCAGGCCUCAUUCCAUUGCGACGCCUCUCAUCAGCACCUUCGAAAGAAGUCGGCGAGUCCAGCACGACAUCGUUCAAGUUCGAGCGACAUAUUCCCCGUGCCAUGGCCAAUACUCUGGGACCCUUGUUCGUUCUCGCGUACUUCCUCCUCGUCAUCUAUGAAUACCUCCUUCGACCCGCCGUGCAAGGAGUGAUUCUCUCACGCGCCAUCAACGCCAAUGUCGUCUUCUUCUUCUGGGUCAUCCUAUCCAUCUUCAUCCUCGACUGGGCCAAGUCAGCCAUCGCAGGAUUCGAGGCUGCUGCGCUGAUGAAGCCACGUCUUGCCCCGUCCAGCGCAAUCCAUUUGAGCUGGCACCUGGAAAGGAACUGGGGCAGUAUCGGCGGAUGGUACAAAGCAGCGCUUUACUCCUUCAACUAUUGGUCUGGAAAGAUCGGCCGGAAAUCCAAUGCUCACUGGGAUGGUCCUGGACUCCUUUGGUGCUACCUGGCACUCAGCAGUCUCUUGUUCUUCAUCGCCGUCCCUCUGCUAGGUUUGACCAUGAAUCUCGCAGACGGGGUCCGCCUUUCCAGCGAAAACGUCGUGAUUCUGGGACCGAAUCAAAACACAUUUGACGAUCGAACGAAUCUCGAAGUUGCAGAUCUCGCACGCAACACCUGGCGACAAGGCUUGUCCACGAGCCCAGUGUAUCCGACUGUCUUCUACGCUGCGGAAAACGGGAGUCAGUCUUUCAGCGACAGCUAUUUCGACGAUUUGAUCCAGGAGAUCUACAUUGCCGACAACACCAGCAUGCCGAGUCCGAAUCGCAAUGUGACGUACUUCUCCGGCCCACGAGUCGCCACACGCGCUCAUGGAAAUGCUUGGGGCUUGCUGUCGUCCAUUAGCUGUGCACCAGCGAACAUCUAUACCGGCCUCGAUCUGGUCAAAGUGACGAGCAAGUCGAACUGGUCCGCGCCGGGCAUUUCCUCCGACACAUUCAACAAUCUGCCAUUACUGUUUAUCAACAGCUCUUGGUAUUUUGACAGCACCCCGUUGGCAAUCUAUUUCAAGGAUAGCUCGUUUGGUAUCGAUUUCGAGUAUUUGGUGGCGAUCUCGGACAGUGAUUUCGAUGUUGACAACGACCCGGGCAAUCCAGAGUACGACGACACGUCUAAGCAGCCAAUUCACGGAGCCUUCGAAAUCGCAAUCUGGCAAGCACAAGUGCCCGGAUUCGACAGCAACCCGACGCUCGAGGCCAUGGCCAAAAGUCCCUUUGUCGAGUCUUCCAAUGGAUCCCUGGGCUACGGAGUUCGAUGUGAAGGUUCUUCUUCAACUGGCUUUGCCAAUCUCGACGCCAUGAAGCGGACGUUCUCCGACUUCACAAAGGCGCCGUCGCAACUCGCUGCGAAAGCAGAAGCUGCAUCCAACAACAAUUCCCCGCUCAUCGAGUUUCCGGGCAUCAUGUCAAUCAACUGGCUAGUCUUCACAGCGCUGACCAAAAUCAUCCCCGGUCUGGCCAUCACACCUCCUAGCUGCGUUCCAAACGGCAUCUCGCCCUCUUUCGAUCCUACCUGCAAUCUCUUCUACUCCGCGAACCUCGCGACGGGCGGAAUCCCUUACCUCGCCAACAUCACGAAAGACGGCUUCACGGGUCCUAUCCUGCGGCAAUCGGUCAUCACUCCGGCGCGAAUGACGCUGGCGGCGUACAAAAUCUUCGGCCAGACUGCGGCGGCAAUGAUGGCUCAAGGGCCGGGGAACUGGACCACGGAUGCACUGAAGGGAGUGGUGCCCGCAACGGAUCUCGUGGCCGGACCGAUUCCCUGGCAACUUGUGUUGGCUCUCCUCGUCGCGUGGGUGCUAGUAACGGCCGUCCCGCAGCUGUGGACAUUCGCGGAGAAACGAUGGUCAGCGACGUUGGAUGCGUUUGAGCUCUUCCGCUUUGGCGCAGAGUAUCGCGAUGCAGUGCAGAGAUUCGAGAGCAACGAAGCGCCUGAGAAUAAAGUGCUUCGUCAAUUGCCCGGCAUGGUUGGAGAUCUCGAGUCGACGAAGCGCAGAGGGUUCAUAGGACUCAGCUGGCAGCCCGCAGACGCCGAGAAGGAGUACAUGAACAACAGAGCCGAAGCGCGAAAGUAG